AUGAGUUCUUCAGUAGCUGAAGUUGAGAAGAAGAAAGCAAUGUGGCUGUAUCCAAAGGUUUUGGGUUUUAAUCCUUCUGAAAGAUGGGGACACUCUGCUUGCUUCUCCAUGGGGCUUAUGUAUGUCUUUGGGGGCUGUUGUGGGGGACUGCAUUUUAGCGAUGUUCUCACUUUGGACCUUGACAAAAUGAUUUGGAGCAAGCUUGCUACCACGGGUGAAAAGCCAGGUCCUAGAGAUAGCCAUAGUGCUGUUCUUGUAGGGCAUAAAAUGAUAGUGUUUGGUGGCACAAAUGGCUUCAAGAAGGUGAAUCAUCUUCAUAUUCUGGAUCUUGUUACCAAAGAGUGGGUUCGUCCUGAAUGUAAAGGGACCCCUCCUUCUCCACGUGAAAGCCAUACUGCCACACUGGUUGGUGAUGAAAGAUUAGUUAUUUUUGGUGGUAGUGGAGAAGCUGAUGCAAACUGCUUAAAUGAUUUGCAUAUUCUUGAUCUUCGAACCAUGAGAUGGACUUCUCCUGAGGUGAAAGGUGAUUUGCCUGUCCCUAGGGAUAGUCACAGUACCAUUGCAAUUGGUAACAAGCUUAUUGUGUAUGGCGGAGACUCCGGUGAUAAGUAUCUUGGCAAUGUUGAUAUGCUUGAUAUGGCAACAAUGACUUGGUCUAGGUUGACAGUUCAAGGUUCUUCACCAGAAGUCAGGGCAGGACAUGCUGCAGUGAAUAUUGGAACAAAGGUCUAUAUCAUAGGAGGGGUUGGAGAUAAACGUUACUAUAAUGACAUUUGGAGCUUUGAUAUCUGCACUUGUUCAUGGACUCAACUUGAUAUAUGUGGUCAACAGCCACAAGGGCGAUUUUCUCAUACAGCUGUUGUUGCAGACAUGGAUAUUGCCAUAUUUGGCGGGUGUGGAGAAGAUGAAAGUCCUCUUAAUGAAUUGUUAGUGUUGCAGCUUGGAGCAGAGCAUACAAAUGAGCGUUACAACAUUUCCAUGUGCAAAGAUUUUGGAACUUAUUGGAAUCAAGAAAAGAAGAUAAUCCCAGUAGGAGCACAUACCAACUCGAAAACUAUACUUCUGGGGAAUAAUAUGAAAUUAUUCAGAAAAGGAGCUUAUGAAGUUAUGUCUGAAAAAGCGCCAGCUUAUCAAUUUGAUUCAGGUACUUCCAGACAGAAGAGGAGAAGAAUUGCUGCAGCAAAGGUGUGGAAUAUUGAAUCAGAACAAGAACAACAUUUUCUUUCACUGUCCCUGAAUUCAUCUCCGUAUAAAUCCGAUAAACAAACAACCCCAGGUCAAAAAGCAAAUGCUUCUGUUAUGAAUUCUCAGCAGUAUGUUGAGUUCAAACAGAUAAAUCAAAUUCCAACCAAUUGCCAACAUGACAAUGGCUCGAGUAAUAAAAGAGCUUUGAAGAAUAUCCCACAAAGAAAUCCAAAAUGUCUUCAUUUCCUCGAAUAUCAACCUAAACGAGAACGGUGUCUUCAUAGUCAUGAGGAUAGAAAAAGAGCUCAACACCAGGCUGCGGAGCGAGGACCCAUUCAACACGUGAUUGGUGCUGAAGUUCGGGGGAGAGUUGAUGGAGCCUUUGGCUCAGGUUUGCUCAUGCCUGCAGCUGUGAAUGGAAGGGUUUUCAGGCGAGUCUUAUUUGCACCUGGAGCAGGAGUUGUCUCGAGGGGGGGCAGUAUGGAACCAAAUCGUUGUCUAACAAGUAGUUCAAUUCCCUCUCAAUCAUUUAUGAGCUCAAAUCAUGGAGAUUAUUUAAGGGCUUCCCAACAUGUGGAUAAUUUAACUCCACCAUCUCCAAUCAUGCGGGGCACUCCCAUUGUAUCCGAGGAGAAUAGAAUCAGGAGUGACCUUCAAGGGUUGGUUUUAACACUUGGAGGACCUGAUAGUGGAAACCCUCAGGCAAAAUAUUGA